AAAACGUCGUCCAAGUAUAUAUGCCAUUGGCUGUUGGCAAUUCAGUUUCAUUAGCUUCGCGGCGUUCUCAGCUGACGGCGAUACACAGCAGCUUGAAGUUGGAAGUUGGAAGUUGGAAGUCGAGUCGUCCCAAGGAAGUCCGUACAAUCUCUGACACCUGACUCGAGGCACAAAAAGCCAUAAGAAAACGCAGCCGAAAUGGCCGUCAUGCCGUGCUUCUAUGUGCCCAAGCGGAUCAAUGUGGCGAUCAUGCUCUUCAUGGCCUGCCUCCUCAGUUACAUGAUGCGGGUGAAUCUCUCGAUAAAUAUCAUAGCCAUGGUGGAAGACACGAGCAAUAACGAGAACGGCACUGUUGAGGUCCUGCCAGAUUAUGGUCCACGCUACAACUGGACACAGUCGGAUCAGGCUCUGCUUCUGGGUGCCUAUUUCUAUGGCUACAUGAUCACCUCAUUGCCAGCAGGCACCCUGGCCGAAAUGCUGGGAGCACGUAACGUCGCGGGCUACAGCUGCCUGGUGGCUGGGAUCCUCACAGCGCUGACUCCGGCUGCCGCUGCCUGGGACAAAUACGCAGUGUUCGCUGUGCGAUUUCUGAUUGGGUUCCUCAAUGGCGUUGUCUAUCCGUGCUGCCACAGCCUGGUCUCCAAGUGGUCGCCGCCGGACGAGAAGGGCAAGUUUGUGGCCUCUUUGAUGGGCGGCACAUUUGGAACGGUCAUCACAUGGCCCAUCAGUGGCGUAAUCAUCGAGAAUCUCGGCUGGGACUGGGCCUACUACAUUGUCGGCAUAUUCGUGCUGAUUGUGGUUGCAGUUUGGUUCUAUCUGGUGGCCGACACGCCGGCACAGCACAGCACAAUCAGCAUCAAGGAGCGGGAGUACAUUGAGAACAGCUUGGGCAACACUCUGAGCAACAAGAAGAAAUGGCCACCUUACAAGGAGCUGGUCCUGUCCAUGCCCUUCUGGUCUCUGAUGCUGCUCCAUUAUGGCAGCAUGUGGGGACUGUUCUUCCUGAUCACGGCCACACCCAAGUUCUUGAGCGAAGUGCUCGGCUUCAAUCUGUCCUCCGCCGGCGUACUUUCCAGCUUGCCCCAUGUGGCUCGUCUCAUCUGUGCCUUUGGCUUUGGCGGAGUGGCUGAUUGGAUCCGCCGCAGAGGCUGGUGGACGGUUACCAAAAUGCGAAAAGCAUUCUGCUUGCCUUCUCACAUCUUGCCGGGUGUUAUGUUGAUCAUCCUCGCCUACUUUGGCCGCGAUCCCUAUGUGUGUGUGGCCAUCAUGACCAUAUCGCUGGGCUUUAAUGGCGCUGCCACCGCCUCCAAUUUGGCCAACUCCCAGGACUUGGCACCCAAUUAUGCGGGCACGCUGUACGGCAUCAUCAAUUGUGUUGGCACCACGCCAGGCAUCUUUUCGCCGCUGAUCGUGGCUGCCUUCACCGAAGAGGAGAACACCAUCGAUCAGUGGCACUGGAUAUUCAUCAUUGGAGCGGCAGCGUACAUAUUGCCUGCUCUGUUUUUCUGGGCCUUUGGAUCGGGAAAGAUACAAAAGUGGAAUGAGGUGGAGACGACGGAGUCGCGCGAGGAUAUUGUUAACACAAAGUUGUAGUUUGUGCCUCUUGCGUGCGAUUGCCCGUUUGUAUUCUUAGUGUUAAUGCCAUAAAUUACGAUGUUUGCUUGUUAGCGGAGAGUCCUAUUAAAGCUUUACCUGUGUAUUUAUUAUUACAAAA